ACCGCUUCCGGCCGCGCAGGCGUCCUGGAAUGCGAGCCGGAUUUGGUGGUCGCCAGGCAUUUUGUGAAAGAAGGAAGAUCCUGUCUGCUGCAUGGAGAAUGGACUGGAACACAGAAAGACCAUGCAGGGUUUGGCUGUAGAAGGCCAGGUUUGGCCAGCUACAAUCGACUGCUUGGUUUUAUAAAAACCAGGAGCAAAGCAAGCACUUACCAGGGAGCUGUAUCCAGGCCACUUUUCUCUCAGUAAACCAUGGAGGCCAGAAGACACCACCAGAUCUCCUGGGACUGGAGUUAUAGAGGUUGUGAGCUGCCAUGUUGAACCAAGCAGGUCACUGAGGGACACAGGCAUGUGGAUGGAAACCCUGCUGGGAGAAAAAAGAAACUGCUGAAGGGACUGACAUGGGACAGCAACAUGGAACCAGGAAUGGUCUCACGCACAGAGAGCUCCCCCGGGGCGUGGGGCUGCUGCUCGCCAUGGCCCUUAUGAACGUGGCGCUCUACCUCUGCCUCGAUCACCUUUUCAUCUCCCCUGGACGAUCCACCGCAGACUCUAGGCGCUGUCCUCCAGGCUACUUCAGAAUAGGGCGGAUGAGAAACUGCUCGCACUGGUUGUCCUGUGAAGAGCUGAGGACAGAAGUCAGGCAGCUUAAGCGCGUUGGGGAGGGAGCCGUGAAGAGAGUCUUUCUGUCUGAAUGGAAGGAACACAAAGUCGCUCUCUCCCGGCUCACCAGGCUGGAGAUGAAGGAGGACUUCCUGCAUGGGCUGCAGAUGCUGAAGUCUCUACAGAGUGAGCAUGUGGUUACGCUGGUGGGCUACUGUGAGGAAGAUGGCACUAUUCUCACCGAAUAUCACCCCUUAGGUUCCUUGAGCAGCCUGGAAGAAACACUAAACCUUUCAAAGUACCAAGACGUGAACACUUGGCAGCACAGGCUGCAGCUGGCCAUGGAGUACGUCAGCAUCAUUAACUACCUGCAUCACAGCCCCCUGGGCACGAGGGUCAUGUGUGACUCUAACGACCUGCCCAAAACAUUGUCUCAGUACCUGCUAACAAGUAACUUCAGCAUUGUGGCAAACGACCUGGACGCGCUGCCCCUGGUAGACCAUGACUCUGGGGUACUUAUAAAGUGUGGCCACAGAGAGCUCCAUGGGGAUUUCGUGGCUCCAGAGCAGCUGUGGCCCUACGGAGAAGACACGCCCUUCCAAGACGAUCUCAUGCCUUCCUACAAUGAGAAGGUUGACAUCUGGAAGAUUCCAGAUGUCUCCAGUUUCCUCUUGGGCCAUGUGGAAGGGAGUGAUAUGGUUAGAUUCCAUUUGUUUGAUAUCCAUAAGGCGUGCAAGAGCCAGAUCCCAGCAGAAAGACCCACUGCUCAGAACGUGCUAGACGCUUACCAGAGGGUUUUCCAUUCACUCCGAGACACUGUGAUGUCGCAGACGAAAGAAAUGCUGUAAAAAUGAGCCAUCGAGUGACAUGCUUGACGACUGAAUGGCAUCCCAGCUGUUCCGCUCUUGAUGAUGGAAGAGCUUUGCAUGGAUGGAUGUUGACCCUGGCUGUUCAACCACGUAGGCGUCCUCUACGUCUGCCUGCACGUUUGAGUGUUCUGCUCUCCUGGCAGCCUGGACAGAAGCUGCCAAGCGAGAAAGCUUGGCUUCAGGAUGCUCCCUGGUGAAGAUGCAGAGGAUUCUGGAUCUGCAUAGUUUCAAGGGAGUGAUCAAACGGUGACCUUGAAGACAUGCUGCCUGCCCUGGUAACUUUUUAUAGACUAGUAGGAAACAGAAAUCUUUCAGUGGGGGGAAAAAAACAACCCACUAGUUCCCCAGAGACAAUUUCUUCUCAUUCAGAAAGCCCUGUUGGAAGCUGGGGAUGUUUUAACUCCGUGGCAGGGCACUUGCCUAGUUGUGUGCAAAGCCUUGGAUCUGACUCAUGGCAUGUGCACAAAGAAAAUCCCAGAUGCCAGAAGUGUGCCCCUUUCUUGUCAGUGAGGUCAUUGUCAGUACCGGAGAUGAUUUUUUUAUGAAGCGUUUGUGCUGACUCCUGUCACUGAGCCAAGUGUGCAUGGUCGUUAGCUACUUUGUGGCUUCUUCUUUCUUCUACCCUAUUUCUUCCCUUUCCACCCCCUAACACUAGAUAGGAGAGAUGAGAGAGAAAGGAAAGUGGGCACUGUUAUUGUUAGACGACUUCUUGCUGAUUGGGGGUGUCGAGUUCCUUGGAGCAAUGAUCUUUGCUGCCAGGAUAUCUCGUUUCUUCUUGUUUCUUCUUCACCCAUGACCACUUCACAAACAGCGACAAAAGCAAACAACAAACAACCCACCCCGCCUCUCGGGGGCCCUAGCACUUAUGUACCUCUGAAAAGUCCCCAGAAAUUCCAAUCAUCACACACUCACAGAAACUGUCGGCUGCUGGCAAAACUACACCCCUGCUAGAGCCUGAGGCAAAUCAUAGUCAGCUGCUGUGGACAGUCUGAAGCAGCCUGGCAUCCCACACCUGGGAUUAAAACAAAAACAUUCUUACCUGUGUUUUGUUUUUGUUUUAAGAAACCAAAGUGCACCAUGAUAGCAUGCUCUUGAGAUUGUGAAUGUCUAGAGAUUUUUUGAACAGCAAGUUGAAGGAACUUUCUUACCUGUCUUGAAUGGUGCUUUGAAAUUCCUGCUGACCUGGAGUUUCUGUGUGAAUAUUUCUAUCCAGUGUCCCUCUGUACUGGAAAGUACAAAGUCUGCUCUGGGCUUGCAUGCCUGAACACUUUAAAACACUGUGGAGCCAGGAAUAAUGGUACCCACCUGUAAUCCCAGCACCUGGGAGACAGGAGGAACCAGGAGUUCAGGGUUAUCCUGGGCUAUAUACCGUGACCCUGUCUACCCCCACACCCCAAUAAAAAAACCAAAAAGGUC